AUGGCGGAGGCGUCGGGCGACGGGAGCAUGGAAGACAGGAUCAGCGCCCUCCCGGACGAGCUCCUCAUCCAUGUUCUCUCCCACCUGCGCUCACGCGAAGCUGUGCACACAUGCGUGCUGGCACGGCGCUGGCGGGACCUCUGGCAGUGGGUGCCCUGCAUCGACGUGUCUUUCAAGGAAUUCGCAGACAUGCCGUAUGAAGAUGAUGAUGAAGACGACUUUGAGUUCAAGAGGUUCGUCAACCGUUUGCUGAUGCUCCGUAGACCCGUUGACCUGGAGGCGUUCUGGCUCGAGUACAGGUUGCCGACCGACACCGAAUACCCUGAAGAUGACUCCGCCGAUGCCAACCUAUGGAUCGCCCAUGCGUUACAGUACAAGGCUCAGGCUGUCAAGGUUGUCGAUUACAACUAUCGUUUGCAUCUCGCUCCUGCGGUAUUCACUUCAGCCUACUUGAAAAGACUGCACAUCUGCUUUGCUUUUCUGUUCCAAGGUUUCUUUAAGCACCUCGACAUGGGCUGCCCAGUAUUGGAGGAUCUAUUCGUAUCGAAUACCAGCAUUAAGGACCGUGAUAUUUUCUCCAAUACACUGAAGUAUUUGACCCUCACUGAUGACUUUCUCCACCCACUUGAGCAUGAUCACCAGCCUUCUAUUUCUGCUCCAAAGCUCAUUUCUCUGUCCAUCGACGGGAGUCCUUCUGGGCCCAGGCUACCUAUACUAAAGAACAUGACAUCUCUAGAGACGGCGUCAGUCGUACUUGUAUGGAAGUUAAUCAGUAAUUGUAAUGCUGAUGAUAUCAAGCAGUUUCUUGGAGAACUCUCUCAUGUUAGAAGUUUGGACCUCUGUUAUGGCGUCGAAAAGGUGGAGAUGGAAAAGAAUUACAGAUGGUGCCCAACAUUUCCUAAUCUUACAGACCUGACGCUUCAUAGUUGGUGUGUGUGUGGGAAUUUCUAUGCGCUGACAGUCUUCCUUCAGAACUCACCUAAUCUUAAGAAGCUAACUCUUGAUCUAUACCAGGUAUAUGGUCAUCUCCAUAGCAUUUAUCCUUCAAUCAAUGUUGGUGCAUUUACUGUAAAGAUAAAACUGUUCCUUUUUAUUUGCCAGCCUUGGUAUGAAAAUGGGGUUAUAUGUGCAAUCACUGGUGAGCUGGAGGAUAGAUCAUUUACAUGUGAGCAGCUUGAGAUUGUUGAAAUCAUAUGCUCGGAGGGAAAUGAGCUGCUACCUUGGGUGAAUCAGUUCUUGCUUGAUAGUGGCAUAAGGCCUGAUCAGAUGCGUGUCAGUUACGAGGACUAA